GUCCAGGCGCGCCCCCGCCCUGCGGCUCUCCGGGCGGGGGGCCACGUGAUUUCCUGGAAAGAGGGCAAGGCGCUAGGUCGCUUUAAGUUUCGCUUUCCACUUUGCGAACGCUGCCAGUUGCUGCCACGGACGUGUUGGACGGCGGGGUCCGCUUCUGUCUCGGUUCCACUCGCGCGCCCCAGCCAUGGCUCAGCUGCUGCGCGCGCCCUCGGCCCCUUCCCUGGUGGGCUUGGAAGAGGAGCUGACCUGCUCCAUCUGCCUGUGCGUCUUCGAGAGCCCCGUGACCACCCCGUGCGGCCACAACUUCUGCCUGCCUUGCCUGGAGAUGACCUGGUCGGGCUUGCUGAGGAACUUCUGCUGCCCUCAGUGCAGGAGCUCCUUCGACAGUCGCCCCGAGCUGAAGAAAAACACGGUCCUGUGCAGGGUGGUGGAGCAGUUCCAGAGCGCCCAAGGCGAGCCCGCCGACAAGAAGAAAGGCCUUGGAGAUGCCACCACCAAAACCACCACCACCACCAGCAGCAGCACCCGCUCUUCGGUGGCCUGUGACAGUUGCCUGGAGAAGGUGGCCGACAAGACCUGCCUCACCUGCAUGGCCUCCUUCUGCCCGGAGCACCUGCGGCCGCACCUGGAGAGCCCCGCCUUCAAGGGCCACCAGCUGGUGCCGCCGGUGAAGGACCUCCAGCGCCGGAAGUGCCAAACCCACCAGAAGCUCCUGGAGUUCUACUGCAAGGAGCACAACAGCUGCAUCUGCUGUUUUUGCCUGGUCACGCACAAGGCGUGCGCCACCGUCCCCUUGCAAGAGGCCAAGGACGAGAAGGAGUCCCAACUGAAGCAGAGACUAACGGAACUCUAUGCUCUGAACGAGAAAGCUUUGCAGUCCCUGGACCAAGUGCGAGUGCAGCAGAAGCAAACCAGUGAUACAGCUAAUCGGAAGUUGGACCUGCUGAAGGCAGAAUUCCUGGAAAUUAUUGCUUUAAUUGAAGAGGAAGAAAAAGAAGCUGUGAAGAAAGUCCUAGCGGAGGAGAAAAGAGUCCAAGAUAAAUACGAAUAUGUCUAUAAAGUGCUGGGUAAGAAGAAAACCGAAAUCCAGGGAGCGAGAGACCAGAUUGAAGUGACCUUGACAGAGGAUGACGACAUCACAUUCUUAAAGAAGGCAGCAAAACUCCGGCAGUUACCUAUCAAAGAUGUCUUCAUACCUAAACUAGAAUUGGAUCAAAACUUAAUACACACCGUUUAUCAAAAAGCCUUUGGCCUCAAAGAAAACGUGAAACAGUUCUUGGCUCAACCCCAGGAGAAGAAAAAAGAAGGAGCCGCACAGUGGAAACCGAAGCCUUUUGUGCAGCCAGGGGGGAAAAUUGCUGCACCCAGUGCACCAAAGAGAGACGACCCCCCAUCAACAUCUUCACAGGAGAAGAAGACAGAAGAGGAUGCUGCUGCUGCUGCUGCAGACACUAAGCAGAGAAGGCGACCUGCUAAACGAUCACAAAGUCCCAACCAGAGAGCACGAAGUUCUAGCAGGCCUCAAGCAGGGAUUCCGUCGAUAACUCUGGAAAGCUUUUUAAGUAAAUCCCGAGAAGAGCUUUUGGAAUUUGCGACAAAAUUCACUCUGGAUUUCAACACCGCCCACAAGAAAGUGCUGCUCUCUGAGAGGAACACCAAGAUAUCCGUGUCGGAAACUCCUCAGAAUUACGCCCACCACCCUCAGCGCUUCACCUACUGCUCCCAGGUGGUGGCCUUCCAGUGUUUCAAGCGGGGCAUCCAUUACUGGGAAGUGGAGCUGGAGCACAACACCUUCUGCGGGGUCGGCGUCUGCUAUGGGAGCAUGGCAAGGCAGGGGGCGGAGAGCCGCCUGGGGCGUAACGGCAGCUCCUGGUGCAUCGAGUGGUUCAACUCCAGGAUCUCGGCCUGGCACAACGACGUCGAGAAAUGCCUGCCCAACACCAAGUUGAAGAAGAUUGGCGUCUUGCUGAAUUACGACGGCGGCUUCGUCAUUUUCUUCGGCGUCGGCGAGAAACUCAUCCUGCUCUACAAAUUCCGGGCGCAGUUCACAGAAGCGCUCUAUCCAGCGUUCUGGGUGUUCUCCAGCGGGACCACUAUCUCGCUGUGCCAGCUGAAGUGAAGAACGGAACCGCCACCAUUUGCUUUGCUCACAUAGGGCCUGUCCGUAUGUUAACUCCUCUCUUUAUCUCUCUCUCUGUCUCUGUCUGUCUGUCUGUCUGUCUGUCUGUCUGUCUCUCUCUCAGAAUCCUUGGCUUCAAAGCAAGAGUUCACCCUUUUGAAACUUGACCUUGUUUUCUGGGAAUCUGAGGGCUACUAAAUCAAAGCCACAGUCCACUAAGAAUGUUGUCUUGAAGAAGCCUCUCUGAGAGUGUCCUUAGGAAACUUUCAGAGGUGUUUUCCUGUUGCGCUUCCGGUGGACUGUAUUCCUCAGGCACACAGAACUCCUGGCACGCGUUGUACAUGCAAGUCUGGGGCAUGUCUGAGCAGACGCUUGCUUUGCUUUGCUUCUGCCUCCAUCCCUAACACGCUGUCAGGAGUUCCGAGCACAGGAUAUCUAAGGUGUAUCCCCACUGCUGUGUCUCUGCCGGAAGAAUUCAGUUCUUGCCAUAUGGGCACUGGCACAUUCCCAAUCUCACUGUCUCAGGCAGAUCAGGCUUCAAACAGAUUUCUCUUUGAAAUAGUCUGUUGUGAUGCUUAGGGCAGUAACUUGCAUUGGGAGUUGUGUUUUGACAAACAAGAACAGCGCAGGGCUGUGGAGGUGGUUGGGCGUUCCUGUAUCCGAUAUUGCUAAUUCUGCUCUUGAAGAAGAGCAGGGGCAAUCAGUUUGGUAUCGCUGCAUGGAGGAGGGAUGCAAAACAGUCUCUUCAGAUUAACUACCCGUGAUGUUAUGAAAGGAACACCCCCUUCAAUUGCUUGGAGCGUCCAUGAAGAUGCAGAUAAGCCCCUCUUAGCUCAAUUCGUUUCUUUGGAGUCAUGAGAACUUAAGGAGCUGAUUCUUUUGGAGGCUUUGAACCAUAUUCAGCAUGCCAGGACAGGAAGGUUGGACAGGAAGUGCUCGUGUUUUGGUUGUACUUCCUGGUCAAAGACCCUUGCUGAAGGGGAACAGCUUCCUUUAGAACAACAACAAGACAUCACCAGCAGCAGUUCGUGCUUCACACCCUCUGUGUCGUUGACCGCUUGGAAUAAGGCACGUCACUUCUCAUCCUGGUCUUUGAAAAUCUUAGCUGCGGCAUUUUUUUCUGAUUUUUGAGGUAUUGGGAAGAGGCUGUGGGUGAAAUGUGAGAUCUUUCAGGCUAGAUGGAAUCUUCUGCUCUUCACUGUUGGAGGAGAUUUUGAUCCCUCUUGUUGGACGCAUGCAGUUCUCCAAGGACAGACUUUGAUAGUGUUUUGACUUAAAAGAUCACUAGUGUGAAGAACCAGCAUGCGCAACAUGGAUCAUGUCUCUGAGUGAUCCCUCCUAGUGGGCAUUUCAGACUUAUUGUGUGAUCUGCCAGUCAGCAAACUAGGAGGAACCUGAGGAAGCUGGAAAUCUUAAGAUUUUCUAGUCAACA